ACGGUAGAUAGAAUCCGAGAGAGUGCAGUGUUGUGCGUGUUGUUAUUUUUGUUAGAGCAUUUUAUGUUUUUCGUGGACAAUGAAAAAAUGGAUAGUGCUUCUUGGUGGGGCCAUGUUCUGUGUCCUGUUCUUCUCCAUGUACUUGGUAGUUGAUCAGUUAGGGCGAUUGCCAAGCUCUCAAGAAAUCUUCAAAGCCGAGAUGAAACAGAAAGUUGAAGAUCCUCUGAAUGCUCUUGAGAAAGACAUUAAUAAACUGGAAGGGAAUAUACAAAGAUCUGGUAAAAUUAUGAGCAAUAUGCAAAAUAGUGUUGAGAAAUUAAAAUUCAAAGGACACAAACCAAUCCCUCCUGUUAAAAAACAAGAGGAUGUGCCAUUAGUAAGAAGACCUGAAAUGCAAGCCAGUGAUGUGGACGAUGGUUGUGUGUUCUCUGGGACAGCAUCAGGAAAAUCUGCAAAUGUGAAGAUGUUAGACAUGUUUGAUGUGAUGCCGUUUGAUGACAUUGAUGGCGGUGCAUGGAAGCAAGGCUGGGAUGUGCAAUAUGAUGAUAAACAAUUUGAUCAAGAACCACUUAAUGUUUUUGUGGUACCUCACUCACAUAAUGAUCCAGGUAUUGUGUGUUUUGAGUAAUAUAGUUACAUGCAGGGGUGUCUGGGCCCAAGCAUUACAUGUAUGUUAAAGGCAAAUUGUAAUGUUACUACCACAGUGCCCUUCUCCACAUACUGUCCCAUAGGGUAUCAUUAUAAAUAAGAAGUUAGAUGAUAAUAAUAAUUUACAUUUUUUUAGGAUGCAUUUCUCAGCUCAAUGCACCUAAUAGCAAAUAAUUAACUAAGUGAAAUAGAACAAAUAAACAACUAACCAAAAUAACUAACCAGUUGCUUCUAAAGAUGAUCCAGAUCCAUCCAGGGGGACAGUGUGUAAUUCAUUGCUUCUUGUUAUAGAAAUUGGGACGAGUUAUGGAAGUGGAUUGCUUUGGCCAUGUGCAGACAUGGUCUUAAAAUAAGUUUGAAGUCAAAAUGAUUUCAAACUACUGAAAGCUGAAGUUUGAUUACAGUAUUUUAUAUUUUCCUUUGUUAUUAAAAAAGGAUUGUGGUUUACUGUUAUUAAUACAUUUGGAACAAAAGAAAAUACGUCAGAUAAAACUACAUGAAUUUUUAGUUCCUAAAUUUCUUUUUAUCUUCGGCUUUAUAAUAUAUACAAUUAUACUACAUCAGUAGCAAAAAAAAAGUUUCACAAUAUGACCUACAGGAUUAAAGAGUCAGUGCUCUCAGGACUGUAUAAAUUGAGUCUACAUGUACAUAGCAAAAGUACCACUUACCUAGAGCCACACUUUUGUGAGCUCUUAUAGAAGGAUUCAUGCUGACGUCAUUGUUUACAUAAUUUUUGCUC